UUAUUUUCCUUCUUAUGAAAACUAAAAAUAAAAACCAAAAAUAAAAACGUAUACAUAGUUUUUUGACAGAAGUGACAGGUGUGUGUCUCGGAGCUUGAAGCAUGUCCAAAUUCCAAAUGGCCAAACUUCUCUGAUCCUCUCUCACACCUUGCGCCCGUGCGGCAACCCCGUCUUCCGGCGUCAGCUCGCAGCCCCGCCGCACUUCUUGUCUCACUGCCCAAGUCGCCGAUGAGUCCUUCGGUUACUCGAAAAUCUCCAGCAGGGUACCGUUCAUCAAGGCCCUCAGUCUCUCCAGAGAGGGAUCAUGGCGAACCUCGCAGAAGAAGAAGAUCCCCUGCUGUGAGCUCUCCUCGUAGUAAGAGCCCACCCCGUAGAGAAAGAUCCCCUGCUCGUCACAGAAAUACUCACAGGGGUAGGGGUGGUUCUCCAGUGAGGGAGAGGCACUCAUGCCACGUUAAUUCACCCAAACGAGAAAAUUCGAGUUCUUCUCUCCCAAGAUCUCCAUCACCUAGGACUAAACGUUUGAGGAGAGUUGAGGCUGAAAGGGAUGCUGGAAAAUCUUUCGAGAGGGAACACGAAAAAAAUCAUGGGAAGGGAAAUGAAAAGUCUAAGCACGAGAGGAAUCUUAAGGAAAGAGAUUCCGGAAGGGAAGUUCCCAAGGAUAGAAGGGAGCGGAAAUCCGAUAGAGAAAGGGAAAGAGAUAGUGAAAAAGGAAGAGUUAGAGAUGGUGCAGAUGUUGAAUCUUCUAGAUCAAGACACCGGCAAUCCGAGUCACCAUCAAAUCAUCAUCGUCAUCACAGUCGGCACCAUUCACACUCACCUCCACCAGCUUCUCGUUCAAGAGCUCGUGAUGAGGAUGAAGAAAAUAGAGGAGAUGAACACAGAGAUGAUGCUAGGGAUGCUCUAGCAAAAAUGGAGGCUACUGAACAGGCAUUGACAACAAAGGAAAAGCAAAAACCUUCAUUUGAGCUAUCAGGAAAGCUUGCUGAAGAAACCAACAGAGUAAAAGGUGUUACUCUGCUUUUCAACGAACCUCCUGAUGCUAAGAAACCUAAUGCAAGAUGGCGCCUGUAUGUUUUUAAGGGUGGUGAAGUGUUAAACGAGCCGCUUUACGUACAUCGUCAGAGUUGUUACCUAUUUGGAAGAGAGAGAAGGGUUGCUGACAUCCCUACCGAUCAUCCAUCUUGUAGCAAACAACAUGCAGUCCUUCAAUAUCGGCAAGUUGAAAAAGAGCAACCUGACGGCAUGUUGUCAAAGCAAGUAAGGCCGUACUUGAUGGACCUUGGAAGUACAAAUAAGACCUUCAUUAAUGAGAGUCCAAUUGAAGCUCAACGUUAUUAUGAGCUCCUUGAGAAGGAUACCAUAAAAUUUGGCAAUAGUAGUCGAGAAUAUGUGCUGCUACAUGAAAACUCCAAUUAGUUGCUUCAGCUGGGGUUUUUGUUUGUCAAUCACAAGUCUUGAGUACAAGAAUUAUCUUGGGAUCCUCUCCCGGUGAAUAUUUCAUUUCCAAGUUUUGUUAAAUGUUGAGACUUGGAAGGGAUUAAUUCUAUAAGGGAGAACCUGAAUUCCGGAGUUGGAUUAUUAGCUAUUGGAUGAGUUAGUCCCUGUAUGUUAUGGAUUGUAUUUUGGCCACUUACUUAUUUGUACAAUCCAUAUGCUAUGGAGUUGGAUUAUUAGCUAACUCCAUUCACAUAAUCCGAAAGUGUAAAGCUCUCAUCACUCGUUCAGGUUGGGAGGUUACAAUAGGACCGUUACAGGGGAGCUAAUCGAGCAGCAGAUUGGUUAGCUAAUUGCGUUGACUCAGAGCAGAAAUUGGUCAUGUUUGAGGCGGUCCCGAAAGUCCUUCAUGCUGUUUUAUUGGAGGAGAUAAGCGGAUUGGCAUGGCCAACAAUUGUGCUGAAGAUGGCUCGUGGGUUGGCUUGAGUAGCUGGGCAGUUGGUGUUUAGUUUAUUUGCUAUAGGUUUUUAUUUCUGUUGUUUUUAUUUUCGUAUGUUUUCUGUUUGUUUUGGGUUUCUUCCCCCCUUAAUCACCAAAAAUAAAAAAGAUUAUUAGUUGUUGGACGGGUUAGUCCCCCUAAGUGGAUUGUGUCUACUUCGCCUCUUCAAUGGCAUUUUUGCUGAUUUUCUUACUAAA